UUUUUUUUUUGUACUACCCUCUCUUGUGUCGAAGUACUAUAAAUGGAAGGAGCUGCUGUACAAAGUAUUCAAUAUAGAUGUAUGAUGUUUUUUUUGUUUUUUUUAAUAUACCACCAGUUUAAUUAAAGUAGCACAUGAUAUGACACAUAUAGAUGCAUUUCGGGUCUGUUCUGUUCAUGAUCACAAUAUAUUACAUUUGUGGUUUAUUAAGAGAAAAACGAUAAUUUUAAAUCAUUAAUUAUGUGUUAACAGCGUUCAUAUUUUUAGUACUUCAGUAGUCAGUCAGCUUCUUAAAUCAGAUCCAAUCUCACCCAGCAUUUAAUGUCAGCAAUAAAGUGUUUUUUCUGUUUGUUUGUUUUUUUUUGUUUGUUAUUUUUGUAUUUAUUUGCACUAUACCAGUGUUAUUAACCAUCACAAAAUCUCCAUCCACUCCCGAAACAAAAUCCUGGAUACACCACUGGUCCAGGUUAAUACUAAAUGGGUGCCUAUGGUGGGGUUCAACGCACUUGAGAAUUUGUGAAGUAGCAGGAAGAUAGGUACACAAUUGUGUGUGUGUGUGUGUGUGUGUGCGUGGUUUUUUCCACUUCAUUUAAAUUGAGUUUUGCUUCAGAUUAUGCUAUUGCAGAUUUCUCAUAAUCAACACAGUUGUAUUUGUAUUACAUUGUAUUAUAUGUGAAAACCCCUAAAGUGCCCCUCCAUAAUUAAAUUGCCCCUGACAUUUGAACUACUUACUAUGCAACAUAUUAUUGCAGAUUAAAAACACUAAAAAAAAAAAAACACAACCAGUUAUACAGUAGCAAAACAACAUGUCUGAUGUGGUUGAGUGAACUAAUUACAGUAGUUCUUGAAACUGAUCUGUUCUUUUUAAAUUUUAAAUGAAGAUUAGUAACAUUAUACAAUGUAUUUCUCCUAGUCUUCUUGACUACACAAAGCAAAUAUAUUCCACCUUACUCCCACAUGUUGGGAAUGGAUAGCGAAGUGAAGUGUUUUUUUUUUCUGUGUGUUUAUUCCCGCUGUGUCACAGCCUCUUCAGGUCACUUGACGUUGUUGGCAGAUUCCAUGCUCAGUGUUCCAGGCAAAUCCUGUGACGCAACGAUGACAGCAGACAUUGUGUGGGUUUCAGGCCCUGUCAGACUAGCUAAGGAACAAGGAAUAGAAAGAGAGCCUCGCACACUGCAGAAAAGACCAAACCACAGGAACUGAAGAAGCUAGACAGCGCAGUGUGGCUGAAGAACGGCUCUUGGCUGAUGGACAGCACAGAUGUCUGGCCUCGCAUUCUCAACGCAGGGCAGGACAACCAUGACAGUCAUGUCUCCAGGUACAGGAGAUCUUAUGGACAGCACCCAUUCCCAGGCUAUUCUCCGCUGCUUAAAUGAUCAACGCACUCAGGGCCUGUUCUGCGAUGUCACCAUUGUUGUGGAAGACAUCAAGUUCAAGGCCCACAAGAAUGUGUUAGCAGCAUCUAGCCUUUACUUCAAGAAUGCAUUUUCUACCCAAGAGGUGUGGGUUUCAGGUCAAGUCUUGGAGCUGCCAAACAUUGGGUCUGAUGUAUUUGCUGGAAUACUUCACUUUAUUUACAGUGCUAAAGUGGAGAUGACAGGAACUGAAGAUGUAAAAGCUCUUACAGCUGCAGGUAAAGAAUUAGGAAUUCCCUUUCUAGAAAACCUAAGGGACUUGAGUCACCAGGGGAAUCGAUCCUUUGAUGCAGCACAUAGACGCGGCUUGUCCGAGUUAGUCCCACCUGCAGCACCCGAUUCCUCUGUGCAGACAGUCCGCUAUUCUUUGUUGAAAAAUGAAACCAGCAGUGGCAUCAGUGACCAAAGCACUGAAGAAUCUGUCUGUCUGAAUGGUCCAAGAAUCACCAAUGCAUUUUCCAUUUUUGAGGCAGGAACCAGCAAUGACCCAUUUUCUCCACUUGACUUGAGAGCUAGUGCUAAAAGGACCCAGGAAACUGAACAAUUCCAGGUUAUAUGCCCCACUCUCAAUGAAGCAGCAGCAGCAAAUGGCGAGCAGACCCACGCUUUAUCAGAACAUUCUUAUGCUGUGUCUUCCGCUGUAGAUCAGGUCCAGAUAACAACAGAGCUUUGUGAGACACCUGUUAACGAUUUAAGAAAAGACAGCCCCCCCACUGAAGCACCUAUUAAUCACCUGAUGAACCAGAGAUGCAAUCCACUGAAGAAACGUCAUAUUCCGAGUACUCUAGGUAAAGUUGCAGACGUACAGUACACCAAAAUAGCACAUGCCACACUGAACCUUACAACCAUUCCAACAAGUCAUCACAACAAGACAUUCGAAUUAACUAGUAAUGGAAAUGUCCCACAGAUGACACACAAUAGCUCUGGAUCAGAAUCAGUCAUUUCUGCUGUGGCCACAGAUCCACAUGUAGCCACUUACAGAUGUGAAUACUGCUCCGAGACCUUCAGCAACAAAGCAUUGCUGAACAUCCAUACACAGGUACACAAAAAACAUUUUGUCAGUCGUUUGGCAUGUAAAUUUUGCCAUAAGAAAUUCACGCACCUUAAAAGGCUACGUAAUCAUGAACAAACAUGCUGUAAGGCACAGCUCGACGCAACUGAGAAUGAAAGCUGUGAGCCUCAACUCAGUAUCUCUAAUGUAGACAAUACUUCCAGUACAGACGGCAGUGUGCAGCUUGCAUGUCCAGAAGAUAAAUCAGACAGCUGCUCUGGUAAUCACAUAGAUAAAGACAGUUCACCAGAGUUUACCAGUUUACCAGAUAAUAGUGAGAAAGUGGUUGACGGACAAAGGAUGCAUGUGUGCAGCGUGUGUAAACGUGCUUAUGUCACUCUGUCAAGCCUUAGGAGACAUGCAAAUGUCCAUUCAUGGCAGAGGGCCUACCCAUGCCAUUACUGCAAUAAAGUCUUUGCUUUGGCUGAAUAUCGUACCAAGCAUGAGAUCUGGCACACGGGUGAAAGGAGAUACCAGUGCAUUUUCUGUUUAGAGACUUUCAUGACAUACUACAUUUUGAAAAACCAUCAGAAAUCUUUUCACGGCAUUGACCCGAGGCUGGCUGUGAACAAAAAGUCAGCUCACGGGGGUUUUAAAAGCAACCUGUAUCCUUUUAAACUCUACAGACUUCUGCCCACGACAUUUAGAAAAAAACAAUAUAAAACAUACAGCCAGACCCUCGCUGAAAAUGCAGACUCCAAUGAUCCGCCUUUUCAAGUUCCUUUAGCACCAAGGCCUCAGAACUCAUUGACCACCCCAUCAGUCAACUUUGAAAAUAACAUUAUCAGUGCUAAAAAUAGUCCAGAUGCAGUUUGUAUGGGGCAGCCAUUAUUUUCUAUGCCAUUGACCUUCAUGGCCACUCCAAACAUUGUUGCAUCAGUAGCACCUUGUGUUAACUUCAACCAACCAAGUAAUCCAAGUCAUAGGCUAUCUUCUGAAGCUGGAGGGUGCCCACAGACAGCACGGAGCACAACAACUCACACCAACAACCUUUUAACCCCAUGUCCGGCUAACACCAGCAGUACCGGUUCAUCUGUAAUCAGCUAUGGAUACCCUGGACCCUCCGUUAUAAUGCAGACCAACAGAGUCUCGUCUGUAAUAGUGCAUGGGAAUGAAGUGGGACUUAACAAUGAUGACAAAGACUGCAGCGAUGUGCCAUUCUUAGAAAUGACUGGUAGCAGCUUUUCAGAACCUGAUAACGAUGACAAAGGUCAUAUGAGGACACAUUUCAAGCAAGAGGAACUGUCAGGUAUGCAAAUAACAGAGACAAUAGCAGAUGAGAUGGUCCAGCCAAAAGGAUUUGGUGAUACAUCUAAUAGAAUUACAAAUAUCCUCUACCCAGGCAGCAAAACAGAAACCUACAUUGCCAAGCCAGCAUGCCCAGGUCCUUCUUUUGAUAGUCAAGUUCCACCUCUUUGCCAGAUAACAGUAAAAAUUGGCGAUGAGGCUAUGGUGAGAAGGCGUAUUAAAGGAUCAAAACUCUUCCAAAGGAAAAGAAAGUGGAGUCGUUUGGCAGAAGAGGACCAGAGCAGUGAAACAGGAACAAAAGGGAACAACAGGAAUGCUAGUUUACGGGCAAGAACAGACACAACUCCACUCAUAGAAAAUGAAACGUAUGAUGACAUGACCGAUCGCGACAAAGCUGACAAACUGUGGCGCCCUUAUUACUCUUACAAACCUAAAAAGAAAACCAGAGGGGCAAAGAAACUGAGGACCAAACACAGGAGAAAAUGCAAGAAUCUUCAAAUCCCUGCUAGACAUCUGAGAUCAAAUGCAAAAGAUCAAGACUGCCUUGAAGGCUACAUUGACACAAGUUGCAGUUUGCAUGACACAGUCAUUUCUAACCCAGCUGAAAUGGAAAAAUACCUCCAAAAGGGUGCGUACAAACAGCCUUAUUCCUGCAUCAUGUGCCAAAACGCGUUUUCAAGCUUGUCUGCAUUAGAGGUACACAAGAUGAGCUGCAAUGCUAAAGAGCAGUCUUGCAUCUGUAAAACUUGCGGAAAGCAAUUUUCUCCCCACGAAAUUCCUUAUGUAAACCACGCCUUCCCUUUAGACAAAAAAGAAUUUGUCUGUAAGAACUGUAUUGAAGAUGGCUCCUGUUUCAACAACAGUUUGAGGAGUCAUAACACAGAGAAACGCUACCGAUGUUCUUUCUGCCCGCAGCGCUUCUUGUACCUGGCUACCAAGAAGAGCCAUGAGAAGAAGCAUCUAGAAAAGCAUGGUAAAGGUUACAGCUGCUCCUACUGUCCUAAAGUUUGCAAAUCCUCAGCAGCCCUUGGAUUGCACCAGAAGAAGCAUUUCAUUAAAAGCGAAGAGGAGGUACAAGAGCCAGCAGGAAGCCACUGUGGCAUUGCAGCAAAUGAAUCAAAAUUUACUGCACCACAAAACAGUGACACAGUCAGAGCACCAAAGACAUUAUCUCUAGAGGAAGGCUUGCGUCAGACGCAAGUACCCUUACAAAGCGUAUGGAACACCUGCCCAGCUACCUUAAAUGAUCAACUUAGUGGUCAAUUUGCUGAGCCUUGGGACCAGCUGGACCAAACCAAUAAUGACAAGACUGGAAAAGCAUAUGAUGAGUAUAGCGUCCAAUCAGUCAAAGACUACCAGAACCCUUAUGUUUACUCAGAGCAGUUUGCCCCAUUAAAUAUGACAAGUAAGAUGCAGACAUGUAGCACGCAUGCAGACUUCCCAAAGACAGAAUACAGGUAUCCAUGUAAAGAGGAACCCCUCCUCCAACCGGACUACUGGUCCUCUGAACAGAAAGCAACAGGAGACAAUGCAAACUGAAUACUGACCAAAGGUGUACUAACAGAGAAGUACAGCAAACAGACUGAAGGUAUUGAAUGUGCAAGUGCACCAGAGCACACGGGUGUAAAUAAAAUAGCUAACGAUACAAGCAUACAGAUGUGUAAUAAACAUAUUUUCCUGUUUCUUAGCAAUAGUGAAGCAAGUGUAGAAAACAAACCUGAAGCUCUUGAAUGUCCUGUAAAUGUUUAGGAAAAAAAUAUUUUUCUUCAUACUGCAAAUAAACAUUUGGUAGUUUUUCAUAUAUUUUUAAACGUUUGUUUUAUUUGUGUAAUGUUUUAUUUGGCUUUGUGGGGAUUCUGGUAACUGUAUACUGCUUUUCUAUUGCAUGUCUUUCUGUAACCUAUGACUUUUUCUGUAAUCUACUGGAUAUUGUUAGCUGCACAUUAUUGGGUUGUCAACUGUCAAUGUCUUCUGAAUGGAGCCUUUUUUAAAGUGUGGCUUAAAAGGGGAUUUUUUUUUAAUACAGAAAGGGAUAUUAGAGACUUAAGAUAUUACAUUAACUUACACCAACCAGUUUUUGAACACUCCCCACUCCCCAUCCCACCCCCAAACUGCAAGAGACUCCUAGCCACUUAUUAUAUUAUCCAACAACUUGCUCAGCAAGCUAUACAAAAUAUAUCAAGCUGCCAAGUCAUUGACAGUUGCAAAAGUUGCCAAAUAUGAGCAAAUUGCUAUUAACACACAGUAACAUUUAGGAAUACAGCCCCAGUGAUGUUAACUGCACAGAGCUCAACAUCAUUUACAAAAUUCUUUAUGGUGUGAUGAAACCUCUUAAUAUUCAUGAAAAUGAAUUCAACCUAACAAAUGCUUGGGGUAAAUAAAAGAUUGCAUGUACUUUAGCAUUACGUUGUUGUUGCUUAUUACCUUAAAUAUCAUUGGUGGUUCUUCAAUUUCAAAAUAUCUGUACAAGUAUUUAAAGAUACAGCACAUGCUGACAAUUUUACAUCUCUACUUUAUGGUUAGGUCCCCUACAUCUCAUGAUGGACUGUUUUGAUUCUAAUGGUACGGCGUAUUACAGAAACUUUCAGUUAAAAGUCAUUCCAGUUAUGUUAACUAAUGUUUCACAGUCAUUCUGCAAUGGUAGUACAUGGAUAAUAUAGUUGGACAGAUUGAUCAUUACUUGUUGCAUGAAGUUGAAGAUGGGGUUGUGGUUGAGUGGCUGUGUGUCUAUGGUGAUCAGGAGGCUGAAAGGAGACUCAGAACUGAACUGCUUAUUUUUUAUUUUUCAAAAUAUUUUUCUAAAUAUAUUUUUAUUUUUCAAAAUAUAUACAAAAACACAGCUCACAGUAUCAUAUGAUGUGGCUGUUCCUAAUUAACACCAAUUAUUCUAUUUGGAACAGCCACAUUCUCACAUGUUUUUGGCAGGAACAGAAUUGACCCGAUCCCUGCCAACCACCGACAAAACAGACAAAAACACCCACACAUUUCCAGGCAGAGCUCUUGCUCUGCCACUGGGGUGAUUAUGUAUUAGACAUGCAGUUUUUUUUUUUUUUUU